GGCAACACUGGAAUUGAGGUUAAGGUGAAAUAAUCAAAAUAAAAACAGAGGAAAAAGUGGAAGUUGUGGCUGUGCUGGCUUUUUCGUGAAAAAAUCAGAGAAAAAAAUGAUUCAAGCAGCUGGUGCAGCAUCUGGUAUUCCUGAUAAGGCUUGGCAGCCACAUUUUGUCUCCCUUGAAACAUCAAUGGGGGAAAUCGUGCUGGAAUUGUACUGGAAGCAUGCUCCAAACACCUGCCGGAACUUCGCUGAGUUGGUCCGGAGAGGCUACUACAAUGGUACGGUGUUUCACAGGAUCAUCAGGGACUUUAUGAUUCAGGGAGGUGAUCCAACAGGUACUGGAAGAGGUGGAACAUCAAUCUACGGGGGUGAAUUUGCCGAUGAAAUCCAUUCAGAUCUCAAGCAUACAGGAGCUGGAAUUCUAUCAAUGGCCAAUUCGGGUCCCAAUACCAAUGGAUCGCAGUUCUUCAUUACUCUGGCGCCAACGCAAUGGCUCGAUGGGAAGCACACUAUUUUCGGACGGAUCCACACGGGAAUGCAAGUGGUAAAGAGGAUGGGAAUGGUGGAAACUGAUAAAAAUGAUCGCCCAGUGGACAAUGUACAGAUUGUAAAAGGUCGAGUGGAGAAAUUCUAAGAGAUAAAUAAAAUUUUAUUGUAUUUUCCGGGAAA